AUGGCAAAUUUCCGAAAACUCGCUAUUCUUCUUAGCGGAGUAAUUCCUUUCAUUACUGCUGCUCCAGUCAGCCCUGAGACCAGUGCUGGUACUCCUGUCAAUGUUGAGAACAAAUACAUUAUCACCCUGAAAAGCGGGGUCUCGGCCAGGGAUAUUGAGUCCCAUUUAUCUUGGGUAGGCGAUGUGCAUAAGCGUAGCCUGGGCCGUCGAGACCUUGCUGGUGUUGAGAAAACAUACGAUAUUGGAGACUUCCAUGGCUAUGCAGGUAAUUUCGACGAAGCUACCAUAGAAGAGAUCAAGAAUAGCCCAGAGGUCGCCGAUAUUGAGCCUGAUCAGAUAUACACUCUUGAAGCCCUGACUAGUCAGACAGGGGCUCCUUGGGGAUUGGGGACUAUCUCUAGCAGAACCAGAGGCUCUACAACCUACCGUUACGAUACCACGGGUGGCCAGGGCAGUUUUGCCUAUAUUGUAGACAGUGGUAUUCUUGCCACUCAUACUCAAUUUAGUGACCGUGUUGAGAAGGGUUACAACGCAGCCGGAGGCACAUUCACCGACACGUUCGGCCACGGCACCCAUGUGUCUGGGAUCGUCGGGGGCACAACAUACGGUGUCGCAAAGCUGACUACUCUGGUGGAUGUCAAAGUCUUCAUUGGUCGUGAAGCAUCAACCUCAGUCAUUCUUGACGGCUACAACUGGGCGGUGAAUGAUAUCAUUGCCAAGGGUCGCGCUCGACGAGCGGUUAUAAACAUGUCUCUCGGACCGUGUACGGUUGUGCUGUUCAAAAUGGAGAUGGAGGUGUGA